UUUGCUUGACUUCACGACUCCGUUUCCAGCUCGAACAGCUGCAAGCGGCGAAUGUCGCUCACACAGUUUAAUUGGCACUAUGUGGUCCUGUAUGCUGGUUACUCCACAUUUAUUUUGAAACCUGAACAACGGGUAUCGAAACUUUCAGUUUCUUUCAUGAAUCCAGUGACUGGUAAACUUAACUGCUUUCAUUUUAAGACAAACAAGGUGAGGAGAGAAAGUAGCGUAAGCAAUUUAAUUAAGAGAUUUUCAGAGCUCUGUAGAUAUGUGCACCUUGAACAAUAGCUUGCUUAGAGCCUUAAUAUCUGCAGCAGCUCUUCUUACAUCUGAAGGGCUCUUGGUUCAAGGACCUGCUCAGCCUCUGGUUGCACAGCUGGGAGGAUCCAUCAUACUGCCCUGCUCUGUGGAAACCCCAUUACCUCUGGAGGGGCUGGAGGUCCAAUGGAAGAGGACAGAUGAAGAGACAUUAGUGCACUUGUUUCAGAAUGGAGAGCACAGACCUGAGGCUCAGCAUCAGUCUUAUUGGGACAGAGCACAUUUUUUUCCCGAGCAGAUCUUUGAAGGAAACUUCUCAAUCCUGUUGGAAAAUAUAACAGUUGCAGACACUGGUAUCUACAGAUGUGUAGUUUACUCUUACCAGGAUGUUGGAGAGAUCUCUGUUACAAUUCAGCAUGUGGAGCGUGUAGUUGUAAAAGGAGAAGAUCAAACUGUAUUUGCACGUGUUGGUGAGGAUGUUGUUUUAAACUGCAUGGUGGACUCGCAUAUCCCUCCUCAACGCUUUGAUGAGGUCUCGUGGAAGAAGGUGGUCAAAAGGCCAGACAUCGUCCCUGUGUUGCUUUUCCAAAAUGGGACCAUAUUUCCAGGAUCGUCUCACGAGCGUUACAGAGACAGAGCAGAGUUCUUCAGAGAAGAAAUUCCCAAAGGCAACUUCUCAAUGAGACUGAAAAAUGUCCAGACUGCUGACAAGGGAGAGUACAUGUGUGAAGUUCACACAGAGAAUUCAGUGAAAUCUGCAACUGUGGAAAUUGGGCGGUUAGGGAUGUCUGCUCUGCACAUUAUCACACUGAUGCUUUGCUUUACUUCCCUGCUACUGACUCUUGUAUUAAGUGUUCCAGUCACAAUCUGUAUAAGCAGAAAAGAUACUGGUACAAAGCCAAUGUACAUAAAUUAUUUGCAGGUUGUCUGUCCCAACAUCUGUUUGUGUAUUGCAUUUGUUCUGUGGGGAGUUAUUGAAGGGUCUGUAGUUGAGGUAACAAUGUGUGCAACAAUUAACCUGACGAGGAUUAUUUUAUUGUUUUAUAUGGCCCCAUAUUUUAACUGGGAAGCUACUGUUUCUGUUGAUUUUCCAGAUUUCAUCCACAGAACAAUUGAAUAUGUUGCCAUUCCCAUUGCAUAUCUUCUGAUUUCCACAGCGUUUUGCUCAGCUGUUCUGUAUGAUCUUUGGAAUGCAUCUCAGUGGUCUGAAGCUGUUCUUGUCAGUGUUGGGAUUCUUAUCCUGUCAUCCACACCAGUUUUUCUUCAAGCUUUAAGUCAAGUUUGCUUCACAAACUUCUUUCAGGAACAUUGUUCCCUUCAAUUUGUGAUGAAGUCAUUAGGACAUGUUCUCAUGCAGUCAAGCAACUUUCUUCAAAUGCGUCUUCUCUUCUUUAGAUCAUCAAGUGUUGAUGAAUCCAUGAUUACAAUGACAUAUGCCUUUGGGGGAAUUUCUGCUGCCAUAUCAUUGAUAGUUCUUCCAAUUCCAGCAAUUCGACAGUACCUUUGUUCAAAACUUGGCAGAAAUCAACUUCAAGUACUUAUUUGGAGAUGUUAUUUAGUUUGGGUAAACGUCAUGGUUGUUACGCUCAUUGGGCAUACUGCUUUUAUUUUAUAUUAUCUCAGCAAGAUUCUGGAGCAUACUAAUGAGCGGUUUGGAUGGAUCUUUGUCACAAUGUUGCUUCAUGCCUUGACAGCAAUUGCACCCACACGAUUCCCCAGAGCAGUUCCUGAUGUAGUUUUCACUACUUUGUACAUGUAUGGGGUGGCAGGUCUACCAGUGGUCAACUCUGUUUCUCUUGCUACAGAAUUAAUACUGCAAGUUUACAAGGGGGAGAGAACAGUGGAAGAUCUGCGUGCAAUAGUGCUGGUGUUUGAAAGUGUUAUGUCUGGUGUGUGGCUUGCUUUACAGAUCCAUGCAUACUGGGCAGUUGCCGGGAGAGAUGUACAAGUGGAGCUGUAUGCUCUGAGGGAUUUCACAGCACAGUGCACACCACAGCAAGGAGACACUGGUGAAUCACAUGGUUCAGAGAAUCGCCUUUCUGAGACCCAAAGAUGUCAGCCAGAGGCAACCCCAUUCCUGGAAACGCUCUAGAGGUUUAAAUCUUUAAAACAAUAACUGAACACCAUAAAUGACUAAAGCUAAUGCUACCUAUUCAUGCUAACUUUUUUUAAUUCAACUGAUUUGUACUUAAUUUGUUGUAAUUUUCAGUGAUAGUGAACACUGCUUAUUUUUGUUUUCUCUGUUUCCACCUUCAAAUGGUUACAUUUAUUGUUAUUGUUUAUGCCUAUAGUAAUAAUCUGACUGCAUAGAUUUCUUUAAAAUAUGUUUGACACACAGAUUAACAUAGCCAUUUGAAAUUGGUCUGAAAACAUGCAAAGUGUCUCUAUUAUAAAAAUGUUUCAAUUCGCCCUACCUCCUGAUAUGCUGCUCCAGCUAAAAAAGAAACGCAAAACCAAUCGGCAGCAUCAUGACACUGCUGAGAUGUUGAUUGGCUGGGGAUCUGUGUGUGUGGAGAGAGUGUGUAUGUGUGUCCUGUAUAAAGCACAGCGCUCUGCAGCAUUUCUGAACUGGUGCAGUGCCGGUUCAUCUCCACUAAUGGUGUGCAGAACAAGGGGGACUUAAAGAGAAAAAACUUCUCCAACCAACAAAACAUUAA